UCGUGCUUCCUGCCUUGGCGAGGGAGGGGACGGUGCUGACGGCUGGGAGGACGAGAGGAAAGACAAGAAAGCUUUUAGGGAAGAUAAAAGAGAGUGGGAAACGGCCCUGGUUUCCACCGUCCGUCGGGAAAAAAAACACCACAGUUUUCUGUAGCUGCUUCAUUUGUCAUCGAAUCGGCGCUGAAAAAUGUCGGCCAGUCGUCAGCUUAGCGAGAGCAGGGCCAUCCCGACCAGGACGGUGUUGAUCAACGACACAACGCAGCUACCUCAUGAUUAUUGCACCACCCCUGGAGGCACUUUAUUCUCUACCACUCCCGGAGGAACCCGGAUCAUCUAUGACCGUAAGUUCCUACUGGACCGGCGCAAUUCUCCCAUUGCCCAGACUCCCCCAGCUCACCUGCCCAUCAUCCCUGGAGUGACCAGCCAAAAUGUCCUGAGAGAGAACCAGAAGAAUGAAGCCAACAACCACAUCAAGAACCACGAUGGCAAGCCUACAAACGGUGAUGAUGCCCAGUUUGAAAUGGACAUCUAACAGACUGGAACCACACCAGCAAAAAGCAAAUGACCUGGCAUCACACGUGCCAGUGGCUUGGCUUGUAGAAACCAAUGUUGUGAGCCCUCAUGGCAGCCAUCUUCUUUAGCUCUCUGUCUCGCUGCUGGAUGUAAUGUGUGUAAACCAUGGGGAUUCAAUGUAUCAUACAUACAGGUACAGUGUGGCCAACUCCUGGAAACUAGGUUUAUUUGUGUAGAUAUCCAUGUUUACCAGUUGCUGUACAAAUCAACAACCACACAGCAAGGGUGCAGGCCUCAAUAUUAUAUACCCACACACAUUGUCCAGUGCUCAUCUUACAGCUCUCUGUGAGUCAGGAUCUUAAACAGAGCACACUUUAAAACUGAUCAUAUUCCAAGUUAAUUGGGGGAGGAAGUGGUAAUUUUUAGUACCGGCCUUAGAAUCAGUCAAAAGCUUUGAUAUUCAUCACAGUCUUUGGUUUUGAAGACCCUUGUUAAGCAUGUUAUUUAAGUGAUUUUUAUUUCUUUUUUGGAACUACUUGAAAAGCUCCGCAAUCUAUCGGUUGUUUGGUCUGUUUUUAGUUUCCUGUGAUGGUAUGUAAAAGGGAUGCUGUGUUUUUAUUUAGCAAAUUAGGUGAAGAUUUUCAUGUCAUUCCAAGACUUCCAACACCAACACAAGCCUGUGUGAGUUUCCAAUUUUCAGGGGAAAACAAUUUUUUUCAGGCCGUGAUUUAAUUGUUUUGUGAUAAUCAAAUGAUUGUAUUUCCCACUCUUAUGUAAAGCUAAUUAUAAAUCCAGCUAUUGAAAACAAGCUUUUAAUUUAGAAUUACAUUUCAGUAUAGUAUAAAAAUGUCAAUCCACUUGAUUCAUCACUGUCGUGACCUUGCUGUAAAACUAUUUACACAUUUCUCUCCUGCCAAGGAAAGUUAAGACUUUUUUUUUUUCUCCAGAUUUGAUGGUUACUUUUACUUAACUGGUUUGUUGCGUUGGCAAAAGCUUUGCGUUCAUAAUUUGAAGAAAGGAAAGGCAACAUCUGUCAGGUAUUUUUGAAUAUCCAGACCAGAUUUAGAUUAAUGUGGAAAUAUCCCAAUUGUUUAUUUUGGGUAAAAUACAAGAAGAUUUUUGAAAAACUUGAAAGAAACCAGAUGUUUUAUAUGCAUUUUAUUUUUUAAUACAGUUUCUUAGUAUUGAGGGUAUCUUUUUGGGGUAUGAGCACUGUCAAGCCUUUGGAUUUGUUACAAGUGUCAAAGAACCAGAAGGCUUUGUUUGCAUCAGGCUUGAUAGAUGCUGUCCCUUAAUUUACAAAUCUGUCCCCAGUGUCCUUAUUCCACUUUACAUUACCUUCAUUUCAUGUAUCAUGUCUGCCCAUGCCUUACUUUACAUCAGAUGCAGUAACUAAAACAACGUUCUUUGUCAUCAAUUUGUACUUUCCAACAGAUGUUUAUUUUUUCACUGUAACAUUGAACAGGUGACAUUUUACUUAGCAACUGAGCAAAACAAGAACUUUUUGUUUUCUACAUAGUUACUUCCUCAAGCAGCUGUGAAGUUUGAAAAUGUGAUGGCGUACAUGUCAUUGUGGGAUUCUGAAGUUUAGAAGGCGAUGUGGUUAAAGGAGAACGCCACAUGCUCAUUUAGUCCCAAUAAUUCGGUGGGGUUUUUAUUUUAUUUUCUUUACACCACAGUCAUAGUUUUGUCUGCUAAUUGUGCUCUUUCCAAAUAGCAGCUCUGAACUUGGCAAAUAAACCCCCAUUAAGUUCCUGUUUUUCAUUCAUAAGUUUGUUUCUCCGUGUGACUGGAAUCCCUGAACGGCUGAAUGAUGUCUAUCAAAGAUUUUUGUUUUUCUUUUUGGCUUUGUGAUUUUUUUUUUUCUGGGCAUGUUUGGUGACGAACACACUGAGGGGGUUUGCUCGAACCCACUUUGCAUUGCACAUUUUUGGCGAUUAAAAACUUUAUAUUACGGCAUCAUAAUUCAGAUUGCAGAUUUAUUUCAAAUCAGUUUGGUUUGACAAUGAGGGCUUAACAUUGUGUGUUGAAAGAGAUUUGAAACAAACUUACUGUAACUUUCUGUUCUGAUUUUAAAUAACUUUAUUUUAAAUGAAACUCCAAUGCCAGUGGACACUAUUGCUGCAAGAUCAAUAAAGUUCUGUAACAAAGAAAA